GGGAGCGCGUGAGGACCCGCGCGUCGCCGGGGACACUGAGCGAGGGUAGCGGCCAGGUCACCGGCUGAGGACACUGCCCCUGAAGCCCGGUCAGGCGGUCGCGCCCUCCCUGGCGGCCCCCGCGGCCCCGCAGGACCUGUGCCCCGACGUCGCCGACCCGCGGCCCCCGCUGUCGCCGACCCGCGGGGUCCGUCGGGCGAGUGGGCCUGCCCGCGGGUAAGGCGCCGGCCCUGGGCCGCCCUCCCGGGAAUCGGGAGCCGGCGCUGCAGUGUGGUUUAUUGACAAUCAUUUACAAUGCCGAAGAGUGCUGUAGUGAGCCAGCACAGUGGGUAACACAGCAACGGAGAACAGAUGCAGGUUUGAGGAAUUUAACUUGCUAAAACCUUGAACUGAAGUCUUAGAGAUUGGAACAUACGGGUUUGUAUAAAUAGGCUUUUAAGCCCUGUUUGCAAUGGGUUACUGAUAGGAGAAACUUGCUUGCGGAAUGUCAGCUGCGUGAGCUCACUGUCGGACAAGAUGGAAGAAGAAGGGCUGGAGUGUCCAAACUCUUCCUCUGAAAAACGCUAUUUUCCUGAAUCCCUGGAUUCCAGCGAUGGGGAUGAGGAAGAGGUUUUGGCCUGUGAGGAUUUGGAACUUAACCCCUUUGAUGGAUUGCCAUAUUCAUCACGUUAUUAUAAACUUCUGAAAGAAAGAGAAGAUCUUCCUAUAUGGAAAGAGAAAUACUCCUUUAUGGAGAAUCUGCUUCAAAAUCAAAUCGUGAUUGUUUCAGGAGAUGCUAAAUGUGGUAAGAGCUCUCAGGUAAGAAAACGAAAGCUUAGAAAAUCUGUGGUUUACAUGGAACAAAUUAAUGGCAAGCCAAUCCCUUAGGUGGCUUCUUAUUCCUGGGUCUUGCCUUGAUUCCACGUUUCCUGAGCGCAGUAUCUUAAAAUUUCAUCUUCCAUAGAACAAAGUAAGCGUUGAGUAAAUAAUUACUGAUAACUUGCAACCUGUUGACAAGGCUGACACCUACCUGAAAAUGCAGGAAGUGCAUUUGCCUUUCAGUCCUUAGGAAUUUACAGUCUACAGCAGUCAUUCAUUUUGGAGUCACUUGUAUUUCUGGUUCCUCAGUGGUGUGCUGAAUAUUGUCUUUCCAUCCACUACCAGCACGGGGGCGUGAUAUGCACGCAGGUCCACAAGCAGACUGUGGUCCAGCUCGCCCUGCGGGUGGCGGAUGAAAUGGAUGUUAACAUUGGUCAUGAGGUUGGCUACGUGAUCCCUUUCGAGAACUGCUGUACCAACGAAACAAUCCUGAGGUAUUGUACUGAUGAUAUGCUGCAAAGAGAAAUGAUGUCCAAUCCUUUUUUGGGUAGCUAUGGGGUCAUCAUCUUAGAUGAUAUUCAUGAAAGAAGCAUUGCAACUGAUGUGUUACUUGGACUUCUUAAAGAUAUUUUACUAGCAAGACCAGAACUGAAACUCAUAAUUAACUCCUCACCUCACCUGAUCAGCAAACUCAAUUCUUAUUAUGGAAACGUGCCUGUCAUAGAAGUGAAAAAUAAACACCCUGUGGAGGUUGUGUACCUUAGUGAGGCUCAAAAGGAUUCUUUUGAGUCUAUUUUACGCCUUAUCUUUGAAAUUCACCACUCGGGUGAGAAAGGUGACAUUGUAGUCUUUCUGGCCUGUGAACAAGAUAUUGAGAAAGUCUGUGAAACUGUCUAUCAAGGAUCUAACCUAAACCCAGAUCUUGGAGAACUGGUGGUUGUUCCUUUGUAUCCAAAAGAGAAAUGUUCAUUGUUCAAGCCACUCGAUGAAACAGAAAAAAGAUGCCAAGUUUAUCAAAGAAGAGUGGUGUUAACUACUAGCUCUGGAGAGUUUUUGAUCUGGAGCAACUCAGUCAGAUUUGUUAUCGAUGUGGGUGUGGAAAGAAGAAAGGUGUACAACCCGAGAAUAAGAGCAAACUCGCUCGUCAUGCAGCCCAUCAGCCAGAGCCAGGCAGAGAUACGCAAGCAGAUUCUUGGCUCAUCUUCUUCAGGAAAAUUUUUCUGCCUGUACACUGAAGAAUUUGCCUCCAAAGACAUGACGCCACUUAAGCCAGCAGAAAUGCAGGAAGCCAACCUAACAAGCAUGGUGCUUUUUAUGAAGAGGAUAGACAUUGCGGGCCUAGGCCACUGUGACUUCAUGAACAGACCAGCACCAGAAAGUUUGAUGCAGGCAUUGGAAGACUUAGAUUAUCUGGCCGCACUGGAUAAUGAUGGAAAUCUUUCUGAAUUUGGAAUCAUCAUGUCAGAGUUUCCUCUUGAUCCACAACUCUCGAAGUCUAUCUUAGCGUCCUGUGAAUUUGACUGUGUAGAUGAAGUGCUAACAAUUGCGGCCAUGGUAACAGCUCCAAAUUGCUUUUCACAUGUGCCACAUGGAGCUGAAGAGGCUGCCUUGACUUGUUGGAAGACAUUUUUACAUCCCGAAGGAGAUCACUUUACCCUCAUCAGCAUUUACAAGGCUUACCAAGACACAACUCUGAAUUCUAGCAGUGAGUACUGUGUUGAAAAGUGGUGUCGUGAUUACUUCCUCAACUGUUCAGCACUCAGAAUGGCAGAUGUUAUUCGAGCUGAACUCUUAGAAAUUAUCAAGCGAAUCGAGCUUCCCUAUGCAGAACCUGCUUUUGGCUCCAAGGAAAACACUCUAAACAUAAAGAAAGCUCUUCUGUCCGGUUACUUUAUGCAGAUUGCUCGGGAUGUUGAUGGAUCAGGUAACUACUUAAUGUUGACACAUAAGCAGGUUGCUCAGCUGCAUCCCCUGUCUGGUUACUCAAUCACCAAGAAGAUGCCAGAGUGGGUCCUCUUCCAUAAAUUCAGCAUUUCUGAGAACAACUACAUCAGGAUUACCUCAGAAAUCUCUCCUGAACUAUUUAUGCAGCUGGUACCACAAUACUAUUUCAGUAAUCUGCCUCCUAGUGAAAGUAAGGACAUUCUACAGCAAGUAGUGGAUCACCUAUCCCCUGUGUCAACAAUGAAUAAGGAACAGCAAAUGUGUGAGACGUGCCCUGAAACUGCUGAACAGAGAUGCACUCUCCAGUGACUCCCCAGCAAACGCAAGGUGCGGUAGGGUCCCAAAGGUAGCUGGAUGGCUGAACUGCUGGAGAUGGGAGAUACGUGACGCGAAGACGGAUUUCACAUCCACAGGACGGUCUUGAAGAAAAUAACACUGUGUAUAUUAUUUUAAAAUAAAAAAUAGAAGUUUUUAUUGAGUUCUUUAGAUUACUACUCCAUGCUUUUCUUCUUCUUGGAAAAGUUUUUAAAUCAACCACUCAUAAUUUGACGAAAAUUUUAAAAAACUGGUAUUUUGUAAAUGUGUCAGAGACACAUGGGACAGAACCCUACUUUUUGUAGAGGAACUUAAUCUGAAUAAAGUCUGAGUUUUUCGGUAAA